AAAGAUACAACAUUUUCCUUCCGAUUCCCUCUCUUUAUUCCUCUCUUUUGCUUUGAAUUUCGAAAGGGGUUUUUUUCUAUUUUCUUUCAACAAAUUCAAACUCCUUUCCUCCCUCACCGUUAACGGAAAAAUGCAACCUCCGAUUCGUAACCCUAACCCUCGCCUCGAGUUUCUCAAACCGCUCCUCAACGACUCGACCAAGCAGUUCUUGGCACAGCACCGUACCGGCCGAACCGAUUUCUCCGAUUUCGAAUCCAUCUUCACUCGCCUCCUCCAAGACCACCGCCCCGAUCCGCCUCUCGAGCUCCUCUGGUUCUACUCCGCCGUCGUCUUCCACUCCUCGAAGCAAGAUUUCGGCGAGGAUUCCGUGAGGCUAACCAGGAGCCUCUUCCAGAUGCUGGUCCCUCUCUCCGAGUCCUUCUCCGCCGCGAAGAGGGCGGCUACGCUGUCUCCUCUCGUUUACAAUCUGAUUCGGUUGGUUAAGACCAGGAGGGAAGAGGUUUCGGAGUUGUUGGACGCGAUUGUGAGCUACGUUAGCGCAUAUUGCGGAGAUGAGGGAGGAGGUUGUGGUGAGGAUGAUUUGUUGAUGGUGACUGGGUUUAGUUUCGCUGAUUUGAGCCGAGUUUGGGUUGUGGAUGAAGCGGGAGUGGGUGAUUGUUUGGAGACGUUCAUGCCGUUUGUUGGUGGAAGAUUGCGUAGAGAGGUUGGUUCUGAGUCUUGUAGCGUUGGUUGCUUGGCUGGAAUCGUAGCUUCUCAGCUUCUUUUGCUCAGUUUGUGCUUGAGGUUUGAUUCGGAGUUGCGAAAAGAUCUGCGAGAAUCUGUGGUUCAGAUGAUCAAUGCGUUCCGUAGUUGCUACUUCUUUGACGGCAUUCUCAAGAUGCUUCUGGUGGAGCCCUAUCUGCAUCUGACUCCACUACUGGGCCCCGAAGACGAAGCUGCUUUACUGGAAACCAUAACGGAAGCUGUGAUUGAAUCGGCGGAGAGUCUAUUCCUCAACCCUGGAAGUGGAAAUGAUCAAAGAAGUUUACAGUUAAAGAACAUUGCUAUCAACUGGUUGUUUCUUUUUGCCAAGGCUUCUCUUAGGAAAAUUGAUGAUCAAGAGGAAACCAGCAGGUACAUGAACAUGUUCUCCCAUUCACGUAUACCAUAUCACUUGGUCAACUGGGUGAUCAGUCAAGGUGAAGUGAUUAGAGAUGUGGACACACUGCUAAACUCUACGCCUGUAUCCUUCAUCGAAUGGCUUUUAUCGCUUGAAGAGCAAGGACUAAGGGUUUUUGACUGUGACCAUUCCAAGAAUUACGCCAAAACAGUGGUUCACUGGUCAAGACCAGAUCUUAGUCUCGAAGCCACAUUGCUGAAACAACAAGAUGGGGUUGAUCAAGAUGCAGAGAUGGCUGAUCAUCUCAUUGUGUCGUCUAUCUCAAUUACCAGCGGCAGCAGCACAAGAAAACGUAAAGAUGAUAAGGAGGGAGAAACAAAAACGAAGCUCUUCAAGCUUAGACACAACAACUUUCAAGAGAAGUCCAGACUACAACCUUUUGUAUUCUCGGAUCGUUUGGUGAAUGGUACUGAGGUUGGAGUUUCAGACAUGGAGCUUUGAGUGCUGAACCACCACUUGAAAAUCGGCUUAGCAUGAAUCCCUACAUAUGGUUGAAAUGUAAGAACGCUGCUCAAGUAAUAAUUGUUGUCUAGAGAUUUUAACAAGUCACUUUGUAACUUUUAGGAUCUACUUAACCAAAAGAAAACUAAUAUUGUGGAUCUUUAAAUCGUAAACUCUUGAAGUCCUUUAUAG